AACAGAAAUGAAGUGUGCUAUAGUUUUAAUUAUAUCAGAAAUGUUAAAUUUGAGCAAGGCUUGCCAGCCAGGGGGUGGAAAGGGUAAAAAGCCCGAUAUUCCUGAGGAGCUCGGCAGUCCUGAGGAGCCCGGCGGCAUAGAAGGCGCAAUAAAGCAAGCUAAUAAUGAAGGGUGGGGCCCGGCUCAGUUCCAGUAUUUUAAUGAGAGCUAUUACAUCAAAUACAUGGAGAAAGUACCUUGGAAGACUGGCCCUGCAGGCGAAGAGCUGUGGCCUGGCGAGCUCUGCAAGAAGGGCAAGGGCACCAGGCAGUCUCCCAUCAAUAUCAUAUCAGCCAAUGCCACCCGAGAUCUGGACAUGGACUUUAUAAAGUGGGGACCACUGAAGUUCAAGAAUUACCAAGAACCGCUGCCUGUGAUUGCAUUCAAUAAUGGAAAUACACUACAAUUCAUAUCUAUGGCAAUGAAUGGCACGGACCCCACCGUGACUGGAGGCCCGCUUCGGAAGGUGUAUCGUCUGGAGCAGGUGCACUAUCAUUGGCCUUCGGAGCAUGCGAUAGAUGGCCACAAAUUUCCAAUGGAGAUCCAUUUCGUCCACAUUCGUCAGGAUUGCGAUGUGGAGCAGGCGCUCAAAGAAUUUGAUGGUCUGGCCAUUUUAGUAGUUUUUUGGAAUUUAUUAAUGGGUUGGAUGAAGAACAUUGUGAGAACCGAAGACAUUCCUUAUUUCCUAAACCUCAAGGUUCCGGGCACGAAGUUGGAUAACGUGGAACUGAACAUCAGGGCUUUGAUAAACACAAACCACAGGGAAUACUUCUCGUACGCGGGCUCCCUCUCAUCUCCACAGUGCGAGGAGGCUGUCAUAUGGAUCGUCUUCGAGACGCCGUUAUAUGUCCCCGAGACACUGUAUCGAGCUUUUGGCAGGCUGGGUGUGCAGCGGAACAACUAUCGAAGUAUGCAAGCCCUGAAUCAGCAUAAAGUGUAUCGAACCACUGGCCACUCCUUCCUGACCCCCUUACUCGGCGACACGUUUGCUGACUUUCGAAAGGCGAUGGGUUUGGUUCUUAAAAACAUAACUAGAAAGGCAUACGAUUGGUCCGGACGUGUGGCGCACGCGGCGCAUAGUUCUGUGUACGGAGAAGAACAUGAUCAUAGUGAAUUGAUUGAUUUCAUUACCUUAAUGCUUAAUAAAACGAAGGAGGAUGAAAACCAGCACUUAAGAGAUAAGUAUUCAGAAAAAGUUAUGUAUAUGGAUUCAGAUGAACUUGUUUAUUGCCAGAGACGUGGCUAG